CUUCGGACCCCCAAACCCAAACCCAACCCAAACCCAAACCCCAACCCCAAACCCAAACCCAAUGAAGCAAUAUCUAUUAACCCUAAAUAUGUUGAUGCAUGGAAUAACAAAGGUAUAGCAUUAUACAAUUUGAAAAAAUUUGAAGAAGCAAUUUAAUGCUACGAGAAGGUUAUAUCGAUUAAUCCAAAAGAUGAGUAAGCAAUAAAUAUAAAAGGUUUACUUCUACAAGAAUUAUAGAAUGAUUUGGACGCACUUUCUUGUUUCGAGCAAGCCAUUUAAAUUCAAACUAGUGCUAUUCGAUUAAAAAAUAAAGGUUAUUAAUCUCUAAUUUUUCUAGCUGAUUCAUUAUUUGAAUUAAGGAGAAAAUCAGAAGCUAAAUACUUUUAUUUUGCUGCAUAGGAACUGGGUUUAGAUCAGAACGCUUAUAUAAAAAGUUAACUAUCAAAGUUAUGA